AGCCGCGCCGCCGGAAGCGGGGCGGGCGGGGCCGGGGGCCGUUGCGCGGGCGGCAGAGCGGGCGCGCGGCUGCGGGCGCCCCCCCCGCCCCCCCCCGGGGCAAUAUGUUCAAGAGAAUGGCCGAGUUCGGGCCUGACUCCGGGGGGCGCGUGAAGGGCGUCACCAUUGUGAAGCCGAUCGUGUACGGCAACGUGGCGCGGUACUUCGGAAAGAAAAGAGAGGAGGACGGCCACACGCACCAGUGGACGGUUUACGUCAAGCCCUACAGGAAUGAGGAUAUGUCUGCCUACGUGAAAAAAAUCCAGUUCAAGCUGCAUGAAAGCUACGGCAAUCCUCUAAGAGUUGUUACCAAACCACCGUACGAAAUCACCGAAACAGGCUGGGGUGAAUUUGAAAUCAUCAUUAAGAUAUUUUUCAUUGAUCCAAAUGAAAGACCUGUAACCUUGUAUCACUUGCUGAAGCUUUUUCAGUCUGAUACCAAUGCCAUCCUGGGAAAGAAAACUGUAGUUUCUGAAUUCUAUGAUGAAAUGAUAUUCCAAGAUCCUACUGCAAUGAUGCAGCAGCUGUUAACGACUUCUCGGCAACUAACGCUUGGUGCUUAUAAGCAUGAAACAGAGUUUGCUGAUCUUGAAGUGAAAACCAGGGAAAAACUGGAAGCUGCCAAAAAGAAAACUAGUUUUGAAAUUGCUGAGCUUAAAGAAAGACUAAAAGCAAGUCGUGAAACCAUCAACUGUUUAAAGAAUGAAAUCAGAAAACUUGAAGAAGAUGAUCAGUCUAAAGAUAUGUGAUGAGUGUUGUCUUGAUAAAGAGCCUAUACUGAAAACGGAAGGACUUCAAUCAUGGAACUGUAGGUGUUCUUUUGAAUUCUGUAAAUGAGACUACGUGAAUUUGACUUCCAAAUGAUUGAAGUAUGUGGCAAUCUACUUUGUAAACGGAAGAAAAAAGAAUGUAUCCUUGUUUUAUAGUUAAAAUCUCUGGGUACUGAACGAUUUAUUUCAAGUAGAAGGGGUCUUGGAGACCAGACUACUUCUUUUGUUGGUUUGUUGUUUGUUUGUUUCUUUUAAACUGCAUUUGAUUGGUAUAUGAAGACUUUGUAUUAAGUCUUGUGCUAGUUCAAUGUGAUUUUACAAAAUGUUGUUUACUUUUUUACUUGUUUUUUAUACUGAUUGUUUAGAGAUGCAUCUUCAAAGCUGAAAAUAAAAUAUGCGGUUUUUAUUUUAA